ACAACGGUAAACGAGCGCCGUCAGUGUCCACUAGUGUGCAUGCCUGAUUAAACAAGGACAGAAAAUGCUUAUAUACAGCCUUCUCUUUCUAUUUCCAUGUCGCAUCCAUCUUACUAUACAGUAGACAGGAUUCGACUAUUCCAUCAUUAUAUUUGCACCCUGCUUAUGUGUGCGAACAAAUCGUUCGUCUCCUGUUUGAUGCUCAGUUUUCAACGGAGUUGAAGGGAAACUUUAUAAGAGAAAGGAAGUUACGGAUUGUCUCAAAGUGAUAAACGAAAAUUCUCGUAACUAUCGAAAAACGAUAGUCAAUACAAGGAUAUCAUUAUCACAUUUAAAACUAUCACAAUGAACGGUGAUUCGUCGCAGCAAGGUACCACAAAUAAGAUAUCUCAAUCUAAAGAGGAGGAGAGUCAUACUUCGGAACGUAAUCGGGACAUAUUGUACCUUAAUGUGAUUAUUAUUGUGAUUAUUGUGAUUAGUGUGAUUAUUUGGUACACAAUGGAUAUGUUGGCAUUAGCGAUGUAUUAAUCCGGGAAGCUCGUCUAUCUCGGAAAUAUCGAGUCUGCGACAACGUCAAUUUGGAAAUUAUUCUUAGAGAAUAUGAAAAUUAUUACAAGAUGAAAUUCCAAAAAUAUCCUAUAUUGUGUAAGAAAAUAACUGAAAAGGAAAUAAAGACGAGGGAAAUGACAAAUGCGAACAAAGUCAAACAAACGAGAAGUGAGUCUGUAUCUGGGUCUGUCGAAGGGAGGAAUGCACAACAGAAGAUGAGGGGUGAUGCUACCGAUGAUAUUAAUCUUGCAAUGACAGUGACAACAAUUUCUGCCAAUGAAAACGAUGGAUCUUCAUCAGAAGAGCUUCAUCAAAGAGCUUCAUUUAACGUCUCAAUGGAACAAUCCAGGCAAUCAAAGAUAUCAAAAUGUGCUCGGGACCUUUAUAUAGACAAUCCAGAAUUGCAGAAGAUUGCUCAAGACAUUUUAUCUGAAAUCAUACUGAAAGAAUUAAAUGUAUAUUGGGACAACAUUGCAGGCCUAGAGGAAUGUAAAUCUGCCAUUAAGGAUGCCAUUGUGUAUCCCCUUAAAUACCCUAUCUUUUUUAAAGGCCCAUUUGCUCCCUGUAAAAGUAUUCUGCUAUAUGGACCACCUGGUACAGGAAAGACGAUGUUGGCGAAGGCAGUCGCAACAGAAUGCCAAUGCACCUUUUUUAACGUAACGACCAGCUCAUUGGUGGACAAAUGGAGAGAUGAUUCCAAGAAGUAUAUCCGUGUUUUAUUUGAACUUGCCUAUAAUAAUUCGCCUACAAUUAUUUUUAUCGACGAGAUUGACUGCAUAGGAACAAAUAAAGGAGUAAAGUAUACAUUGUCUGAAUCUGCAAAGACAUUCAGAUCAGAACUUCUUUUUAGAUUGGAUAGAUUAGUAAUUAACAAAAAUUCUGAUGUAGUUCUUUUGGCCGCAACUAAUUGCCCUUGGGAUAUUGAUGCAACUUUACGCAGACGCCUUGAAAAGAAUAUAUACGUAUCAUUACCAAACGAAGUUACUCGAUUUUAUAUGUUCAAAUUAUACCUUAGCAACCGAUUAUUAGAGAAUAUGGAUAUUGUGAGUCACAUAAUAAAAUCUACUGAAAAAUAUUCUUGUGCUGAUAUAAAAUUGCUUUGUACGCAAGCAUGGCUGCUAGAAAUGAAUCCAAUGUUUAAAAGACUUGAAAAAGGAGAAACAUCUACUACGACUUUGAAAUAUGAAUUAAAGAAUUAUAAAAUAAUAGCAAAAUUGUUAAAAAAAAUGUCACCUACAGUUACGAAUGUGGAUAGAUAUGAAGCGUGGAAAAAAUAUGUAUGCCAAAACAAGAUAUUUUAAAAAAUAUAAAAAUAUAAAAGUAUAAAAAUAUAAAUAUAUAAAAGUAUAAAAAUAUAAAAAUAU